GUUACACUGCUGAUAAUGCCUGGAGCCAGAGCAGAGGGCUGCAGGAACGGGGAAUACCUCCAUGAAGGUCUCUGCUGUGUGUCUUGUCCAGCAGGUACUUACGUUGCUCAGCACUGCAGUAUGCCGCAUCAGAGAGGAAGCUGUCUCCCUUGCACCGAAGGAGAGGGCUAUACCGCUCAUAAGAACGGCUUGGAAGCAUGCUUGUCAUGCAGACAGUGCAAAGAUGAUCAGAUAACUUUGAGACCCUGUACUCUGACGCGUGAUACAGAAUGCCAGUGCAAACAAGGAUAUUGCUGCCCUGCUGAGGGCUGUGAAAUAUGUCAGAGAUGCAGUACAAUGUGUCCGGAAGGGAAAGACAUUGUGCAGAAUUGUAAUGCUACUAUGGACCUAGGAUGCAACUUACCCGGUCAAGGAAUCACAGAUCUUGCUUUGAUUAUUGGCAUUACUUUUGUGGCUGUUGGUGGUUUGUUGCUGUUCCUUGUGAUUAGAAAGCUGAAGAGAAGUAAAGCUGCUCCAACUGACAAAGAUGCAGAGAAAGGUCUGAAAUCUGAGAGCAGUACUAAAAGCCUCAUUUCACCAGAAGUGGAGUCACCUGAAAAUAAUGCAGCCAGCCCAGGGGGUGAAAAUUCUGGUGAAAGUCUAGAGGGCCAAGCACAAACCAAGGUUAACUUGGAAGUGGAAAAUAGGUCACCAGAGGAAGAGACUGUUGCGCUUUCUGAGCGGGACACGAUCCUGCCUGGGGGCUGCAGGCACCAUAUGGAAAGGUUCUGGAGGAGGAUUGCUGAGUCUUCACUGCCAGCAAAAACCAGGCAGAAGCCUGCUUCUCAUCAGAAUGCCCUGUCUAACGUACCAAGCGGUAGGAUGCCAGCAAAUCGUAUGGUACGAGAACCAAAGUAUCACGUAAUUGUUAAAGAUCUUUCUCAAAAACAACUGAGAGAUAGUUUUUUGGCCUUUAUAAAGGAAGUGCCACCAAAAAAAUGGAAGCCACUUAUGAGAACUCAUCUGCAGGAAAAUGAUAUUAUUAAAAUUCUUUAUGACUUUCCUAAUGAUAGAGAAGAGCAAUCAUAUCAGAUGCUUCUCACCUGGAAAAACACACUGGGAGAGAAACAAUCUAUUAUUAAGUUACUGGAUGAGUUAAAGCAUAUAGAUGCCAAGGCUUAUGAUAAUGUAUUGAACACUUUAAAAAGUAAUAACAUUAUAAGUAAAUUUGAAGCUACAGCUUAA